GGCGCGUGACGGACGUCAUCUGUGGGCCACCAUUUUAGGUUAGUUUAAGCAUCAUCAUUAAUUUGGGGUCAAUUAAUAGAAUAAUAGUACAUAGCAGCCCCUUGGUUGUUAAUAUUUUACAUUAUGAUAAUUAUUUGAUUUACUAAAGCCCCACAAGAAAAUCUCAAAGGUCCAUAAACAAUUCGCAUGUGUGAUUAGAGUAUUGUGCACAAGUACCUUCCCUGUUAUGGCAGCCUAAUUCAUGUCUUCUCAUGUUUUGUAUCUUUCAAAAUGUAUAACAUCCUCUCAGGAACUUCCUGACAUGUUAUUGAUUUAUCUAAUCGUUUUUUUAUUUAGACAGAUACUCUCCAAACAUCAAAGAGAUAAAGGUGAGUCACAGAAAAGUGACAAGAGCAAGGCUUUACUACCUUGAGGGACAAGCUUCCCUGUUUUGUCCACUCUCAAGUGAACACCUGGUCCUUGUUUGAUAAUGAAUUAGUCGAGCUUCUGGUUAUUAAAUGUAGACCUGGUCAUUUGACCCCAAAAAAAAAUGUAGACCUGGUCCUUGUUUGAUAAUGAAUGACAUGUGACCUCUUAGAACUUAUUAGGUCGUAUUCUUGUUUUAUUCUUUUUUGACUUCCUCAUACUGAUUCGAAUCUCGAUUUUGAUUAGAGAGGUGGAACACAACUUCGUAUUAUUUGUAUUAUCCUAAUUCUAUCUAAUGAAUCAAUGUUUUGUCCAGGUAACCCGUUGGAAUUGUAUAUAUAUAUAUAUAUAUAUUCAUAAUGUUUGGUUAUUUAUUUUUAUUAUCUCCAUUAUUAAAAAAAUGUGACAGAUAUCUCUCUGUCUUCGGCAAUUGGAAUCAUAGUUAACUACGCAUAAUUAUUUGUAUCCAUGUUUUGUUUGACAUUAGAUAUAUAAAAUGUUUUUGUUAAAGGAAGCAUGUACUUGGACAACUCUAGGUGUAUUUAUGCACUAAAUCUCAACAAUCUAAUAAAGUACUCCAUUUUCUGCAUUAAUUUGGGGUGGUGUGCAUGAUAUUACAGUAUCUUCUCAUCCUAUACAAAAACAAAAGAGAAACACUGGAAUUUUCAUGUUUAAAAUGUUACUGAAAAAGAAGAAGAACUAUGUUGAUAUGUAUAGAUAACUAACUUUAUAAUAUGUACAGAUUAGACCCACCUUAUAAGCUUAACCACCAAAGAGAAGCUCAACGCUCAAAUAAUAAAAGGUCCUGUCUGCAAAUCCCAAUUUCUAAAGCAGAAACCUCACUUUUUUCUAAGAAUUUUAAGAGUAGCCAUGUUUUUAACCAUGUUUGUCUUUCUCCCUAAAGAUAAAAGAGUAAACCUGGUCGGUCUCUCUCUUCUUCUUUUUUUUGCGAGUAUUUCAGAAAACAUUAACCUUACUUGUGCAUAGAAAUUGUAAUGAUGACCGCAUAUAUAUUAUGUUAAAUAUGAAAUCACACAUUACAGCCAAUCUGUAAGCAUAGCCCCUGAUUUUAUAGAACUUAAAAAGAGCAACACAACACAUUAACAAGCGACACAAACAACAUACAUUACACACCACACAUCAAAGACAACAUAAACUAUACAUGCGAAGAGAUUAAACCAAACAAUACUCACAACAAGGCAAAUAACAUUUUUUCAAAUGGUCAUCACGGUGCAUGAGUGGAAGGAGUCUUUACCAAAUGUAAAACUAGUGUAACAAUAUAAUGAAAUGUUAAGCACAUCUCUAUUCAUUCCAUUAAAAUAAAAUAGAAAAGUUGGGUAGUUAUUGUUAUAUUGAAAUCGUGUGUAUCCAAAAUAAUGGGAGGAAGGCUGAGAAAAAAAAGAUGAGAAUUUGAAGUGGGAAAAAUCAAAAGAUCAAAAUAACAUAAAAACACUAUCUGAAAACAUGCUAAUCACACUUCAAUGAUUACUUUGGACUCUUGUCGAGGAUGCGUUUUAAAAGAUCAACUGUUAAAAAUUAAAGAUCCAACAAGCUUAUUUUAUAUUUGAAGAGUAUACGGCUAGCGAGAGUAGUUUGACAAUAAUACUCUUCAAUGAUUACUUUGGACUCUUGUAGAGGAUGCGUUUUAAAAGGCGAUGGAAAAUAAGCUUGUUGGAUAUUUAAUUUUCAACAGUUGAACUUUUAUAAUAGACUUGUUAAAAACAAAAAAUAAAUGAGUUGGAUUCAAUUGUGUUGAAAACAUUUAAUAGUUUAAAGCACAAAAGUAGAACAAAAAGAACACAUCUCAUUGUAUGAAACAUUUAUUUUUGAUUAAAUAUAUAUGAAUAUGGUUUAAUUGGUAUUUUUGAUAGCAAUUUUUUUCAGCUACUUUUUAUAUCAAAAUUUAUUGUUUUUAAAUUGUGUAUAUACAGAUUUUCAUUUUGUUUGGUUAAAUAUUUUCACUAUUUUCAUAAAAAUAUAUAUUUUAUUUAAAAAAAUUGUUCGAGUAUUGAUUAUUUAAUUGAAUUACAUUUAUUAUUUUAUAAAUAUAUAAGUAUUAAAAAUAAUGGAAUAGAGUGCUGAAAUUUGUAAAAUAAAACUGUUGUAGAAAUAAAAUUUAGUAUGAGAAAGAAAGAAAAAAAUGAUCUGAAUUGUGAAAAAGUAUAAACUAGGGUGUCAAAUUCAUAACCAUUGUACAUGGCCAUACGAGCCCAUGAAUAACUAUCAAUAUAUCAGUUUCACUUUCUGUGUUUCUUGAACUGUGUGAAACGCUAAAACGUUACGUAGUUUCUAUUUCAUAGAAAGAAACGACAGACAUGUUACCUCUCCGACGAUAACACGUCUUUGUUUAGAACCACUUGUUAGUGAGCUUGAGCUACGAAACCAUUAACAAUGGCGUCACUGUGCUCCCCGCCAAUCUUCAUCCCAAAGAUCUCACUCUCUCUCCUCUCCACGAGCCGCUUCUCUCUCGUCUCCGUCACUCGAGCUAACUCCUCCGACACUGGGAUAACCUCUCCUGCCACCGUCGCUGUGGACGGUAAAGAACCUCCUCCAUCAACACCAGUUGUCAAGAAAGAAGAAAUCGCCGCCGUGGAAGGUGAAGAGAUAAAAACGACGGAGACGCUUAUCAAGUUCGAGGAUGCGAGGUGGGUUAAUGGAACGUGGGAUCUGAAACAGUUCGAGAAAGAUUGGAAAACAGAUUGGGAUGACGUCAUCGUUUCUGAGGCCAAGAGAUGAAAAUGGCUUGAAGAGAAUCCAGAGACCACGAGUAACGACGAACCUGUAAUCUUCGAUACAUCAAUAAUCCCAUGGUGGGCUUGGAUGAAGAGAUACAACUUACCCGAAGCUGAGCUCCUCAACGGUCGUGCUGCGAUGAUAGGGUUCUUCAUGGCUUACUUUGUUGAUAGUCUUACUGGAGUAGGACUUGUUGAUCAACUGGGGAACUUCUUCUGUAAAAGGCUUUUGUUCGUGGCUGUGGCUGGAGUUCUCUUCAUCCGCAAGAAUGAGGAUGUGGAUAAGUUGAAGAAGCUUUUUGAUGAGACGACGUUAUAUGAUAAACAAUGGCAAGCAGCUUGGAAAGAUGGUGAGGAGGACACAUCAUCAUCGUUGGGUUCAAAGAAGUGUAAAGCUAAAACAGAGACUCUUGCUUCUUUUUUUUGGUUAUAUGAUGUUGUAAUUAGUCACAAAGAGAUAAGACUUUUUUUUUUGGGUGCUAAACCAAUUCACUCUAAAAACAAUCUUUCAUACAAUGAACAAAAUUGAUUUGCCAACUUUUGUUAAACUAUCGCCAACAUGUGGUUUUGUCCCCUGUGGAGAAUACUGAAACUCCAACCCUGUGAAAGGUGACCUCCAUCUUUCGUUAUUUCCUAUUCCAGUUAUGUGUCUUCUAUGUAAGUAUGUUUGGUCUUUUACCCUUGACGAGCUCGGUAAGAGUUACCGUUUUCUUACAUGACGACAGGAUCCAUGCCGCUACAAAAAUUAUAUAGUUUUUUAAAAACAAUUCAAAUAAAAAAAUUGAUUGGUAACCUUUUUUACCGACGCGUUUCCGACACGUCCGGAGACCAUGCCAAAGAUUCAAUUCAAGCCAACCAUUAAAGUAAUUUUUUGGAUUUCAAGAGUACUUUAAUUAAAUUAAAAUAACUGGCCGAAUUAGAAGACUAACCCUUUUGUUGUGGAGCAUUCUUUUCUAAAGUAAAUAUUUUCUUUAAAAAAUAACUAUGUAAAUCUUUUCUUAAUUUUGAAAAUUAAAACAUUCUCUCUCCGUUUUUAAAAAAUCUAUAUUUUAGAAAAAAAAUUUGUUUCAAAAAGCUACAUAUUUUAUAUUUUUCAAUGUAUUUUUUGUUAAUUAAUAAUGAAAAAUUGUGAAGCUCAAGAACAUUAUUGCAUUUCUUAAAAUCUUAUUGAUUUAAAAAUAUAUAAAAUAUAAAAUUACAAAAAACUGUACAUUUAUAGCUAAGUUUUAAUAUGUUUUAUUAAACUGUGUGAAAUUUCUAAAACAUAUAUCUUUUAGGAAUGGAUGGAGUAUUACUUAUCAAUUUCAGUUUUGCAUAAUUUAGUAAAAUUAAAACUAUUUUGCUUAAUUUCUUUUCUGCUCCAACUAUAGUCUUCUAGUUGAUCUAUUUCUGAUGAUUUUUUUUUUGUGUAUAAAUCAUCUACAUAUAAUUGAAAGACAUACUUUAUGUAUAAUUGAAAACAUCAAUAUAUAAUCCAUGUAAAGCCAGCUUUGGGAACUAAUAUACUUCCUAAACAAUUUUAAAAAUGCAACCAGGCGUAUGACGUGAAUAUAUGUUCGAAUUAUAAAUUUGGGUUUCUUUAGUAUACAGAAUAAAAAACUAUAAAUUAAUCACAUGAUUGCCAGGGGUUGUAGACCUUUGGAAAAGACAGGGGUUCAAUCAAAGGUAAUAACCAUAAAUAAUCAAACAAAUUAAGAUAUAAGAUAUACGAUUUUGUAUUGUUGUUUUGGACGAUAAUCACGUGGUCAGGUCGUGAUUAAGGUCCUAAACAUGUCAAACGUUGUCUGCCACGUUGCAGACUAAUGUAACGAUUUCACACCGACUGGUCUACGACUUUUAUUUAAAUCAUAAAACGAUGCUUUAUAAUUAAAUUGAUUCGAAAUAUUUUAGUGACUUGACUUCUUUAGUUAAUAAACAUCUGCUAAAGUGUCUAACUAUGUUAAAAGAUCAUUACAGUUAGAACCUGUUAGGAGGCUUCACAUAGGCUUGGGCAUUUUAACCUAGACCCGAAAAUCUGAAUUAGAACCGAACCAAGAAUUUACAAAUACUUUUUGGAUCUAAAUUUUGUUUAUUCGAAAGAACUGGAACUGAAAAAAACCGAUUCAAAUAGACCCGUAUCCGAAAAGAACCGACCCGAUAAGAACUGAUUUGUACCCGACUUAAAACCAUGUAUAUACAAAAUUAUAUUUUUUGUGUUCUAUUUUAUAUAUAUUAUUUUAUGAUUUAGAUAAAAUAUCUUUUGUUAAUAAUAUUUUUUUAUUAUUUUGUAACAUUUUUAAAAAUAUUUUAUUUUAAUUAUUAGUAGUUUCAUUUAAGUUAUAUAUUUUGUAAAAAAUCAGAUAUAUAUGAUAAAUAUCGACUAAAUUAUAUAGAGUUGGGUAUAUCAUGUCUUUUUUAGAUCUUAAAUACCUGAAACCGAUCCAGAUCCGAUAUGGACCUGAAAAAUUACGAGUAUAUUAGUUAUAUACCAAAACUGAUCCGGACCCAAGAAGAAUCGACCCAAACCCGAACCAAAAUUUUUUAAAUACUUAUUGAAUCUAAAUGUUUAGGACCCAAAGAACUCGAAACUGAAAAGAAUCAGCCACGACCCGACCCGAAGACCUGAACGUCCAGUGUACCUUCACACUUCAUGUAGUGUGAUUUGAUGUAGGGAUAAUUGUUGAUGUCUUUUAUAUGGUUUGUGUUUAAAGUUUAAACGUCAAACAUAGUUUUAGUUUUGAUAUCUUCAAAAGAAAUACAAGCAAUAUAGGUUUUAUCAAAAUAUCUUUUAUAGAAUAUGCAAAAAAAAAAGUUGGAGUCAGAAUUUGUUCUGUUUGGGUUAUUUCGUUUUUUCUUUUUCAUUUAGAAAACGAUAUGAUAUUCCAUCACAAAAAUUUAAACUAGAACAAGAACAUAUGGAAAAGAAACAAGAACAUAUGGAAAAGAAAAAAAAAA